AUGGAGGGGAAUGUUAAAGCACAGAUACAAAAGUAUUUAGUGGAAUCAGGAAAUUAUGAAAAAAUAUCGAAUUUAUUAACUGAAAGGUUAUUACAAGAUGGAUGGAUCGAUAAGAUCAGGACUUUGACAAUGGAAGAAAUCACAAAGAAUGAAAAAGCUGGAUAUAUUGAAAUAUUGAAUAAAAUUGAACCACAAGCAAUGGGUAUGUUUGAUAAUAUUAUUAAAAUGGAUCCUUUACAAAUCAUAUCUAUAUUUCAAAUAAAAGAAAAUAAAAAAUGGUCACAAUUUAGAAGAAACAUUUUUAUAUGA